AUGUUCAGUUGCGAGUGUCUGACCGUCCGUGUAGCAUGUAGCCCAGUGGAGCACAGAAUGGCAACUUUGGGCCCCGGGAUCCUGGUGGAGGGUAACUCCGAAGAAGAGUCUGCCGUAUUGCGAGAGGAGAUCUUGCACAAAGCAGGUCUGCUGACGAGGUUUGGCCUGCAGGAGGAGAUCGCAGAGCAGCCGACACAGCCUUCGCUGCCUGCACCGGAGCCUGCAGGUUCUGAUCAGGAGGACGAUGACACUUUCAUCGUGGUGAAAAGCGAGUUUCUGAAGCUGGAGGACCCUGAACUGCCACUCUCGGAUGAGACCCUUUCCCGGCUGCUCGAUGUGCCGGAGGCAGCGGCUGUGCGAGGAAACAGCGAGCUUGCAAAGGAGCUUCUUGCUGUCGACAGCACCCAGUUUCCAAACUUGUGCUUGCAGAUAAAGUCCUUCCUGGACAUCGGCAGCGACGAGGACUUCGUUUACCGUGAGGAGGUGUCCAAACUGAGGGCCCUUCGCGCAGCGCAGCGCGCAAAGCUCUCGGCGUCGUCAUGGGAUGCGGACCUGGCGUGGAUCUCCCAGCUGCUGCCCUGGGUGGCACUUUUCUUUCUAUGUUGGCUCCUCUACUAUAUUGCCAACCCUACGAAUGACAUCGUUCCAGAAGGUCGCAUGCCGACCUUGGACGAGUGGUUACAGAAGAAAGCUCCCAAUCUUGCGGGUAGCUGGGGCGGCCGGGCUCCACCCCCACGCCAG